CUAGAAAACGUCCAACACAUAGUUUUUGUCUCUGCGGGUAAAGGUGGCGUAGGCAAGUCGAGUGUGACUGCCAAUCUCGCUGUUGCACUUCGAAACCGCAACCUGAAUGUGGGGAUUCUCGAUUCCGACAUCUUCGGGCCCAACAUCCCCAAACUGAUGGGUCUGCGCGGAGAACCGCGGAUCAGCGCCAACAGAAAGCUCAUCCCGCUGAUGAACCACGGGAUCCAGACGAUGUCUAUGGGGUAUCUUGUGCCUGAAAAAGCGGCAGUCGUCUGGAGAGGCCUGAUGGUGCAAAAAGCGCUGCAGCAGCUGCUUUUCGACGUAGAGUGGCGCAAUCUGGACGUUCUGCUGGUGGACACGCCGCCGGGAACUGGUGACGUGCAAAUCACGCUGGGCCAGCAGCUGAAAAUCGACGGGGCCGUGAUUGUGACCACGAGCCAGGACCUUGCGCUCAGCGACGUGAGACGCGGCCUCACGAUGUUUGAGAAAAUCGGUGUCCCGAUCUUGGGCAUUGUCGAAAACAUGAGCGUGUUCACGUGCCCAAAAUGCCACCACGAGGAGCACAUUUUCGGUGAGAGCGAGGAACUCAAGAGUCUGCAGCAGCAGGGCGUGGCGCUUCUGGGCCGCAUCCCGCUUUCAAGAGAGAUGUGCGGCUCUGUGCUGCCCGCCACAGACAGGCACAGCCAGACAGGUGCUGUUUUCGAAGCGAUUGCCACCGAGGUGCUGAAAAAAAUAUCCUAG